AUGUCAAAUCCUUUGUUCAUCGACAACCAGAGAACUCACUCUGUUUCUGAACUUUUCGAAACAAAAUGGCCACUGGUAUCCAUGGAAACUGAUCCGGUGUCAUCGUCGGAUUCGGACCACGAGAGACUGGAGCAUCAAAGACACGGUCAACCAGAUGCCAAAUCUAAUUCUACUCGUCUCACAACUGCUUCCAAGUCCUCAAUACGCAACAGCGUUGCAAAAACACCACCGCAGAUAUAUUAUGCUGCCUGGGCACUGAUGAGUCGUCGAUAUGCAGACUCCAAGGACAUACCAUACGGUAUAUUGUCGAAAAAUGCAGACAAAUAUGUCAUUCGUACUCUUCAACUCAGUAUUGAAGACACUAUGAAAGCCCCUCAACUGCAGCAAGAUAUUCUUACCAAGCUAGAGAGCAUGUCGGAUGAGGUCACUCUGAACAGUGAUCAGUUGAAAGAAGAAAGUUGGGUAGGUAAGAUAAUGGAAUCUACCAUUCCCAGUCUGGUGCAAAUUCGCCAUGAUGAUAGUAGCACAGUUUCACCGAAAUUUGAUGCAGAAAAACAAGAGGAUAGCGUUUCUCUAAACGACAAGCUUGUGCCCUCGAAGAUACUGGUUGUCUCUAUCUGUCUUUCUGACGCAUCCAUGGAAACUCAAAUAUCAUUUGAUCCGGUUUAUUUUAGCCAAUGGCAAAUUGAAAACAUUCUCUCUCAAUUUGAACACGUUGCGAGCUACCUCGAAAAUAGCAACGGAAAUAUACAAGUAUCAAAAAUUACUUUGCUUAGUCCAAGAGAGUUGAAUCAAAUACUGUCAUGGAACUGGAAUGAACCUGGAUCGGUGACAGAGACAAUCCCUGACAUGUUCGCAAGACAAGUCUGCCUUCACGGGCCGGAUGCUGCUGUGGCUUCCUGGGAUAUGGAUCUUACGUAUAAUGAACUGAAUGACUUGUCUUUGCGCUUGGCAAGCUAUUUGAUUCAAGAGUGUGGAGUUCAAAUAGAAGAUAUUAUUUCGAUGUGCUUUGACAAGUCUGCCAUAGCGGUUGUGGCGAUCCUAGCAAUUAUUCGCGCAGGAGGAGCGUGCCUUCACCUUGGCAUCUCUAAUCCAAAACAACGCAUGGAAUCGCUCAUUGAAUCUUCUCGCUCAAAACUUAUUGUAUGCGAUGAGGUAAAUGCGGGGAAAGUCAACGCACUAGGACGCAGGAUAGUUGUGGUCGACAAGUUAUUCGUGGACUCCCUCAUUACACCAACAGCCUUCAGUUUGCGUAAUAUACAACCACAUAACGCUGCUUUUGUUAUAUUCACAUCUGGUAGCACUGGAGCCCCAAAAGGGAUUGUUCUAGAACAUGCUUCUCUAUGUACAUCAUGUGAAUCAUUUGGAUCACGCAUGGGAAUUGGGCCAGGAACUCGGAUUUUACAGUUCGCAGCGUAUACAUUUGAUGUCAGUACUGCCGACAUAUUAUUCUCCAUCAUGCGAGGAGCAAAACUCAAGGCAAACUGGCUGUUUCUGACCCCUUCGGUCGCUAGUGCUGUUGAUUCCCGUAGUUUUUCAACGGUUAAAACUCUUCUCCUAGGCGGGGAAGCACCGACACACAAAAAUAUAAGCGAUUGGGCUGAAAGGGCAUCCUUACACAUGGAUUUGCAACAGGUUGCCGUACGUGGAUUAUUGAAACCAGACAACCACGAGGCUCUAUCACCACUGGGCUGCAUUGGAGAGCUGUGUGUUGAAGGAAGGACCGUCGCUAGGGGGUACCUCGGUGACGAAUUCAAGACGCAGACUUCUUUCAUUGAGGAUCCAUCAUGGCUUCCAUUAUCACAACAAAAGCUCCACCCACGCCGUAUUCAUAAGACAGGAGACUUGGUGAGGUAUAAUAGUGAUGGCAGUAUCUCCUUCAUUGGCCGAAAAGACAGACAAGUCAAAAUUCGUGGACAGAGAGUUGAACUCGGCGAAAUUGAAUAUCAAAUAUCCCACAACGUACCUGGUGUCAAUCAGGUUGUGGUUUGUCCGAUGCAAAACUGGGGCCCGAAAACCGGUGAAGCUUUAGUUGCAUUUUUAGCCAGAUCUCAGGGCUUCGAUACCUCAAACAUGGAAGUUAAUGUCGGAGACUUCGAUAGUCAAAUGUUGGAUAUACUUCGCGGUGCUCGCGAUAAAUUAUCAUCCAAACUUCCGACAUAUAUGUUGCCAAGAUUGUACGUCCCUGUCACGAGUAUACCAUCAACAGCAAAUGGAAAGCUAGAUGUGGUUUACCUCAAAGAUAUCAUGAGCAAUAUAUCAGAGUCGCAGCUAGUUAAAUUCUCUCUGGUACAAGACUCCGGCAGCUCAGAGCAACCAAUCGAAAACAAUGCCAUUGCUUUACAGUCCAUGUGGGCCUCAAUUCUUGGCCUGACAGAACAUGAUAUUGAAAGCGGGAGCAACUUCUUCCUUUUAGGGGGAGAUUCGAUAAAAGCCAUUCAACUCGCCGAAGAGGCUAGAAAUAAGGGAUAUUCCUCCUUGACUGUUUCGUCUAUAUUAGAACAUCCUAGUCUCCUGGAAAUGGCAAGCAAUAUGAACGAGAACAACAUAGAAGUUACGACCGAAACGAUCGCCGAAGUCGCACCGUUUUCUUUGCUACCGAUACUAUAUUCAUCGACGGAAGACUUGAUCCAACAAUGUGCUUCAAUGUGUCAUGUGAACGGAGCGGAAAUUGAAGAUAUAUAUCCAUGUUCACCAACCCAGGAAGCAAUUUUUAGCUUUUCAAUGCGAAAUCCUGGGUCAUAUAUUAUCAACGAAACAUAUCGGCUUGGAUCAGAUGUCAAUGUUUACGAUUUCAAGGAGGCAUGGGAAACUAUGUUAGCCGAAAAUGACAUUUUGCGAACCCGAAUUAUCUUUUCAGAAAGUUAUGGUUUUCUUCAGGUUGUGAUGAAGCGGAGACAAAUCAUUUGGAACGAGAGUGCGACACAGAUGUCUCUGUCUAUUAACAGCGGUUCCCCAUUAGCGAAGUUUGGUAUUAUACAAACCACGCAAGAAUCAUCCACAGCACAGUUCUUGAUAACUCUACAUCAUGCUCUGUGUGACGGUUUCAGCCUUCCUCUUCUUCUCGAAACCGCCGCCAAGAUAUAUUAUGGAAAAAUAUAUACGCCGUUAACACCAUUCAAAAAUUAUAUUCAAUAUCUGUCGACUCGAAUCCAAUUAGAAAGCGAGUCGGCAAAAUUUUGGGAGCAAAGGUUGCAAGGUAGUCAAACCCUGACCUGGCCUACAUCAGUCGACAGCCCUCCUGAAAAAGAGUCAACGAAGAUAGUGAAAGCUUCUGUUCAGUUUCCCGAAAAGGCCAUGCAAAGACCUUCUGAUUUCACCUUAUCGGAAAUAAUACAGAGUGCAUUUUCAUUACUUCUCGGGCAAUACACACGUUCAUCGGAUGUCACUUUUGGCUUAACAAUUUCAGGAAGAGAUGUACCCCUGCCAUCCAUCCUAGAAAUAAAUGGUCCAACAUUGGUUACCGUACCUAUGCGCGUCACUUGGGAUCAAGCGCAGAGUGUACAAAAGUUGGUUAUGGGAAUGAGGCACGAAAAGGCCGCUAUGAUCAAUCAUCAGCACAUGGGCUUAUCCAAAAUCCGCCAAUGCAGAUUUGAAAUGGAGCGUGUCCUUGAAAUAAAAACAAUGCUUGUGAUCCAGGCCUUGAAUGAACCUUCCGAUGACCAGAAACGAAUGCAAACCAGGCUUUCUACGUCAGAGAUAGUUGCUUCAUAUCCAUUAACCUUGGAAUGCCAGAUUGUUAACUCAAAUUCAGUCGAUAUUAUUGCCGAAUUUGACAGCAGAGCCAUUGGGCUCGCUGAAAUUGAAAGAUUCACACAUCAGUUAGGUCAUCUUAUCGUCUAG